AUGACAACGGUAGUGCGACUGGUUAUAUUAGCGUUAUGCGCAUGUGCACAGGCGCAGUACGCAGAGGAGCGUGCUCCACGAUACAUAGCAUCGGAGUCCAAAAGCGAACCACCACCACCAGUCGCUAUUCUUAAACAAAUAAACCGACACAACGAAGAUGGAUCAUACACUUACGGCUACGAAGGAGGUGAUGGUUCAUUCAAAAUCGAGACCAAGUCGGUUGGCGGAGAAGUCAAGGGAAAGUACGGGUACAAAGAUGAUACUGGAAAGUUAAGAGUAAUCGAGUACGGAGCAAACAAAUAUGGUUUCCAACCAUCAGGUGAAGGUAUCACUGUAGCCCCACCAACACUUGUCGAUGAGUCCAAAGGGCAGGAGGGACCUAACAAACAACAGCAAGGACGUUCUCAGUACCGCGCACCCCAAGAACAGUCCAUAGACUAUGAUUACGAGGAACCUGCGCCCCGGCCGGCACCGAGACCGUCACCGCAGCAGGCAUACCGGGCGCCUUCGCCCCAGCCCCAAUACCGUCCAACACCAGCUCCCUACAGGCCAGCACCGUCACCCCAGCCUCAAUACAGGCCGGCUCAACAAUCUGCACCUACACCACCAAAGCCACAAUUUUUCGCUGGUGCCGCACCAGUGCCAUCCGGAGACAACUUCUUCAACCCUGAGCCCAAACAGCAAUACCGACCUAAACAGGACUUCAGACCUGCACCUCAACCUCAGCAGUUCGCACCAAGACACACCGAGGUUAAUUUCAACCAGGAAAACUUCGCCCCAGCUGCUCCGCAACCCCGUUUCCAGCAGAACCAAUUCCAGCAGAGUCCAAGCAAGCCCUACUCCAUGCUUGACCAGCUCCUUAAAGAAUACGCCCUACCCGAGGGCGGCUCUGCCGCCGUUCACGACAUCACGUUCGGAUCCUACUAG